GCGGGACGAGGAGCGGGCGGGGCGGGGGCGCUCGCGUGCCUUAAAGGGGCCGCUCCGCCACGCACUUGUUGCCUCAGGAGAGCCGCUCCUGGGGCGCCGGACUCCUCAGAAGCGCCUCAGUCGGAGGGGAGCGGGAGAGAAGCCGUGCGUGGCGGCGGAUGGGGAGAGUUUGGCUGCUGAGAGUCACCCCCCUGGAGGGGACGCCCUUGGCCCGAGCAGAGCGCCCGUAAGAAGGCGAGGCCGCUCCCCUCCGCCCGGCCGGCCGGCGCCCAUGUCUCUGCCCGCGGUGCUGCCGGGCUCCUGCUGCCCGCUGGCCCGGCUCUCGGCGGCGCCCGAGGCGCCCAGACCUUGCUCCGCCUCCGCCUCCUCGGUCCCGCCGCCCCCGCCGGCUGCCCGGCCGCGAUGGUCCCGCUCCGGGUGGCCUCAGCCCCGCUGGGCCGCGCUCUCCCCCGGCGGGGCCUGCCGUUGGGCGGGGAGGCCGCCGCCGCCGCCGGCGUCUCGGGCGGGGCUGCUGCCGGCCCGACCUCUGCUGUCUCUGGGGCUGCUGCAGCUGAUCUUGGGGUGCUGCCUGGUGGCGCUGAGCUUCGGCGCGCUCUCCCUCAGCAGCUCCCCGCAGGUGAAGAACUCCUGCCCCUUCUGGGCCGGAUCCUCGGUAAUUUUAUCGGGAAUUAUAGGAUUAACCACAUGGAAGAGACCAAUGAUACUUCUGGUUAACCUUUUUGUUUUGCUUUCUGUCAUUUGUGUUCUCUUGAACCUGGCUGGAUUCAUCCUGGGAUGCCAAGGUGCUCAGUUUGUAUCCAGUCUCCCUAGAUGUGAUCUGGCUGAUGUGGGUGAAAGUAAGUUUUGUUUCUGUUGUGAAGAAUUUCUGCCAGAAAAAUGCACAGAGAAAGAUAAUGUGCUGAAGCUGUAUCCCGUCCAGCCAUGUGGUGCAGUUCACCUUCUACUCAAGAAAGUUCUUUUUGCUCUCUGUGCUCUGAAUGCCUUGACCACUACUGUAUGCCUAGUAGCUGCUGCCCUACGUUAUCUGCAGAUAUUUGCCACGAGAAGAUCCUGCAUAGAAGAGCCCCAUGUUUAUGUGGAAGAAGCUGAAGAACCAGACCACACUUUGGAGCCAGAGGAGUUUGUGCCCCCAGCACCACCUCCCUCAUAUUUUGCUACAUUUUACUCUUGUACGCCUAGGAUCAAUUGCAGGAUGCUGGGUUCUGAUGUCAUCCCACUGCCACAUAUUUAUGGAGCCAGAAUUAAAGGAGUGGAGGUUUUCUGUCCACUUGAUUCCCCACCUCCUUAUGAAGCUGUGGUAGGCCAGAAUCAUGUGCAGGUACUGUCCAUUGGAUUCCACCAACUUGAUGUGCUUUCACAGCAGGGAAACGCAUUUCAAAUUUCAGAUGCUUCAGAAGCUGUGAUUGGCUCACCAGGACAGAAUGAGGCACAAGUAUCUCCAGUAGGCGGAGAUGAACUUAAUUCUAUAACUAGAGAGACCACCUUGCAACCAGAUGCCAGUUUAGUCCUUGCAGCAACCUGCAAGACAGUCCUAAAGCCUCUCAGGAAACGAUCAAAAAGUGAUCCCGUGCUGCAUGGAUUUCCACCAAGAGGUCCAGUGCUGAGUUGUGAAGCUGCUACCCAAACAGAAUUAAAACCAGAACUAGCUACUGUCACUUUGCGAAAGAGUCUGAGAGCGAAGGCCUUGCGCUCACGACCUCGGUCUUUGAUAGACUACAAAUCCUACAUAGAUACUAAACUGCUUGUGGCAAGGUUUCUAGAGCAGUCUUCCUGCACCAUGACCCCUGACAUACAUGAACUAGUGGAAGACAUAAAGUGUGUUUUAAAAUCAGAUGAAGAGCACAUGGAGGAAGCCAUCCACAGUGCCAGCUUCCUUGAGCAGGUAAUGAUCCCUGCUUGUUCAUCUGCAUCAAAGGCAUAUACGCUGCCUUUUAGAAGGCACCCGGGACUCCUGCACUUGGAGAGCUGUGGGGAUGUGAGUACUUUUACUACAGCAGAAACCCGGUGGCUGGAGAGAACACAGAGGUCAGAGCCUGAACGGCCACAUAGUCUCAUUGGAGUUGUACGCGAAACAGUGCUCUGAACUCAUAGCUAUGAGUGCUUUUAUCAGAUGCAAUGAACAGACCAGAAAACCACUCUGUGCAAAAGCAAGUUAAUCUGUGUUUCAUACUUAUUGAUGCUUUUGGAAACAAUACUUGAGGACACUGUUGGAAGAAGUUACUUCUAGGAAAACCUCAGUACGUUCCAAUUUGAAGCUGUCUUUAAAUCAAGGAUAUUCAGGUGCAAUUUGUAUAUAUGAGAAGCACUUUUUAUUGGGAUGUAGGGAAGAAAUAAGAGCAUGUGUUUGAAGAUGCUUGGAAGCAAUUGAUUUAACUUAAACUUCUGUAGAAGGGCUUUAUGCCUCCAGUAGCUGUGGUUUCACUUGCGAUCUGCUGUUAAUUGCUUGUGUUUCGUCUCCAAGGAAAUAUGGGAUAGAGUUACCAUAUCUAUGGAAUUGAUGUCAAACUAAAAGUGUUCUCUCUCCUCCACCCUUCUCUGGAGAUCAAUUGGUGCUAUACACCCAUUAGCAGAUGAAUCACACCCUCAGUCACAACUAUUCAGCUGGAUAAAUAUGUAAUGGAAAACACCAAUGUUGUCCUCAUGUGCUGUGUUAAGAGUGAAAACAAAGUUAAUAUAAAGAGUUUACAAUGGGCCUUUCAGCCAUUGAAUGAACCUGGCUUUAAUUUUUUAAACAUGCUACCUGAAAGUGUUGAGAUAAGGAGAGCCGCCUUUAGAAGAGCGUACAUUGCUGUCCCAUUCAGGAAAAAGGCUAAGGUGAAAGUACAAGGAAAAUACAAGGAAGGACCGCACCUCUGAGUGUUUUCACUACCCUUUGUUGAACAAACAAUAUAUGCAGAGUUUAAAGAACAUAUUCAAUUCAUGUUAUUAGGCAUAACAACAAACCAACUCUAUUUACUCAUGCAAGACAUCACUGAAGGAUAGCAAUGGGUUCUUCAAGGAUCAUUGAUGAACCACAGCCUUGUAAGCAGGUCUUGCACCACAGAAAAACACGGGAUUAGCAGCAGCAGCAGCAGCGGAAGUUGUCCGGUGGCCAUCUUGGGGGGGGGCGCAUGGUGGUGGCCAUCUUAGGGGUGGCCAUGCGGCCACCUCCAAGAUGGCCGCCACCAUGUGGCCACCCCAAGAUGGCCGCCAGGCAUGCGUAGAAGCUAUUUCAGGUGCCAGCGACGGCCAUUUUUUGGCAAACCGGCACCAGAAAAAUGGCUGCUGGCAGGAGCGGAUUUAAGGGAGAUUUACGGGAGAGGAGCUCAAACGGCAGACCGUUGGGAAAUGGUAAGGAAACACGGGGUACUUGGCAGCUAUGAUUCUGUGUCCAGGGCAGCUGUCUACCAGCUCCAUCUGUUAUGCAGGCUGAGACUCCCCCUGUCUGGACUGUCUUGCCAAAGUGGUGCAUGCUCUGGUUAUCUCUCUACGUGGGGCUACCUUUGAAGGUGACCCGUAAAAUACAACUAAUCCAGAAUGCGGCAGGUAGACUGGUGACUAGGAGUGGCCACGGAGACCACAUAACACCUACAUUGGCUCCAAGUAUGUUUCCGAGCACAAUUCAAAGUUUUGGUGUUGGCCUUUAAAGCACUAAACAGCCUUGGCCCAGUGUACCUGAAGGAGCAUCUCCACCCACAUUGUUCUGCCCGGACACCAAGGUCCAGCUCCGAGGGCCUUCAGGGGGUUCCUUCACUGCGAGAAGCGAAGUUACAGAAAACCAGACAGAGGGCUUUCUUGGUAAUGGCACCACCCUCUGGAAUGUUCCCCCACCAGAUGUCAACGGAAAAAACUACCUGACUUUUAGAAGACAUCUGAAGGCAGCCCUGUUUAGGGAAAGUUUUAACUAUCUGAAGGAAUAUUGUAUUUUAAUCUUUUGUUGGAAGCCGCCCAGAGUGGCUGGGGAAACCCAGCCAGAUGGGUGGGGUAUAAAUAAUAAAUUUAUCAUUUACUAGCUGGCCCUGCCACACGUUGCUGUGGCUCAUCCCUGUGAUUUCCCCCACCCUCUGCCGAUCCAUAACGUCCCCCUCCCCCGUCUUAUCCCUGUGAUUCCCCCCUCUCUGUCCCAACCCAUGAUGUAUCACCCCCCGUCCCAUCCCUGUGACUGGUCCCACUGUCGCCUGACUUAUCCCAUCCAUAGCUGCCAAGUUAUCCCUUUUUUUCAGGGAAAUUCCCUUAUGCUGAAUAGGCUUCCUCGUGAGAAAAGGGAAAACUUGGCAGCUAUGAUCCCAUCCCUCCUCCCCCCAACCCCCACCCAGGCGAGUCAUUACCUCCAUUUGGUCUAGUCUGUAAAUGUUUUGGAAUAGUAUGUAAACGGGAGUCAAGGUGCUGUUGAGAGGGAAGGUUUUAUAGGUGCAGUACCAGCGUAGCCACCGCUAGAGGGCACUGGUUUGUAACCUGAUUCUUUUCCCAGCAUGCACUUUUGGCUGAGUGCUGCAUUCUGGAACAGGGUUUUUUUGGGUUUUUACCUGGCGGAGGUGUGACAUCUGUCUUAGCGAACUAUAUCCUUCGGACAUUCGCAUGUUAUGUUGUGUCAAAAUUUCACCUCAAUUGGUCAAGUGGUGUUGGUGAAAAGUGGAAACACCCACAUGUCCUUUUUACAUUUAUAUAUAUAUAUUUAUUAUUAUUAUUAUUAUUAUUAUUAUUAUUAUCAUUUAUUUAUUUAUUAUUAUUCAGUAAAGCACUCCGUUUAAGUAGCCCUGGAUGUUGUUUGUGAGACAUAACUAUUUCAAACUAAGUGCAAUCACACUUUUAUCUCUUCAAAUGUUAAAAGUAAAUUAUGCUUCAUAAUGUGCAUAUUUGUAAGGGUAAAGCAAGUUAAUCUAGUGAUUUUCACCAAUAUUCUUUUAUGUUAAAAAAAUGGAGGACUGAAUCAUUAAUUGCAGCUUCUUGUAAAAGUGGGAGUUGUUAUGAGCAUAGAGAGUUCUCUGCCCAACAUGGAUACGAAUAUUUAUGGAGUUCUGGAAGGUUGUGGAAAUGGAAAUCCAUUACUAACAAGGUAGUUCAAUCAGAAUAAACCUUCCUAGUUCAGCAUUAAUGAAGUUUUGGCUAUAAUCUAAUGCCCUUUUUUGGUUUGUUUCAUUUUUUAUUGUUUCAAGUCUUACAGACAUUAGCACUCUGUUAAGUAAAGGAAUGUAGCACAUAUGAAUACAUCACAACAAAACAGAGGCCAAAAAAAUUAAAAAAAGUAAACAAAUGACCACCCCAUCCCACCCACAAGCUGCAUUACAGAGAAAGGGGCCAGAAACCUGUGAUAAAAGUCUGAGAAAUUACAUUCAGUAAAUGUGCAGUAUCAACAUUCCAGGCUCACAUUUAUAUGUAGAGAGAGAGAGAGCUCAUCAAGUUUAGUGUUUACAAAGAACAAUAUUGUUACAAAUACAAUACUAUACUUCUCCUGACGCAUUAUUCAAUUAUUUCUAUUCACCCUCUUUACAGAACAAUAGUAUAAAUUCCAUAUUCUUUAGCACUGUGCUCAGUCCCUAUGUGUGUACACACACACACACACACACACACACACACACACUUGCCAUCUUCAGACACAGAUUUCUUUUUAUUCCCAGAAGUACAAAGACCUCCCCUCCCUCUCCCCAAAAGCUUGUACUUGAAAAAUCCCAAAACGUAGUAUUGCAAAUUAUAAUGCAAUUCAGACGCACACAUAGAAAAAUGGUAAAUCAAGAGGCAAUUUCAACUGUUUUGUAAACAUGGAAGAAUUAAUAAAGUAUACAAGUAGGCAACUAUCAUUCUUGCUGGAGUUUAGCAAACUUGAAGUAUAAAAUAAAUUCUUCCUUUGAUCCCAAUACAGUACAUAAUGCUUACUAGAAUUUCUUAACAAGCUGUUAAAACAUCAAUUCUUGUCAUCCCUGACCACUGGUCCUGUUAGCUAGAGAUGAUGGGAGUUGUAGUCCCAAAACAUCUGGAGGGUCGAGUUUGCCUAUGCCUGGCUUAGGAGGAAGAAAGUGUGUUUCCUUGUGGGGAGGGGGAAGAAAGGGCUAUAGGUUAGUUGGAAUUGGUAGGAAAAAAUGGUGAAAAACACUAUAAUUUAAUUGUAUAUGUUCUAUAUACAUUUACUUUUGCAUUUAAUUAAGGAACUUAGGGGUUGUGUGCUGUUGUGUAAAGCAGAUGUCAAUUCAAAACAGCUUACUGAAUCUAGGUAGCCUCAGCCUAAGUACAGUGGUCCCUCGACUUACAAAAAUUCAAGUUAACGAAUGAAAAAAAAUGGCCGCACACUUACGUUUUUUUCGACAUCCGAAAGGAAAACCAUUGCGGUUUAGAUGGGGUUUUCUCGACUUACGAAUUUUAGAUGCAGUUUACUCGACUUACGAAUUUUUCCAUUUCCAAUGCAUUCCUAUGGGAAACCGCUUUUUACGACUUACAAACUUUUCGACCUACGAAUGUGCAUUUGGAACAGAUUAAAUUCGUAAAUUGAGGGACCACUGUACAAACUAUGGCUGUUAAUCUAGAAUACCAACAUUACUAUAUUUAGAGAUCCCAUGGCUUAGAAUCCCUUUGAUUUCAUAAGAGUUAUGCAGUGUUGUUACACUGAAGAUAUUCAGUUCCUAUAUUUCUUUGUGUCAUUAUUUCUUAGUCAAAGGAUACUGAUUGUUCUCUUUUCUACUGCAACUCCCUAUUUCAGAAGUGAAAAUGCAAUCCUUGCACGCUGCCCAUUGUCCCGGUAGAAAAGCUGUAAUGACACACAUAAAACCCACAUUUUUCCAGGCCAUUUUUGAGACACAAGGCGGCUUUUUCUCCUUCUCCAACUUUUUUGUUCAUUUACAUCUCACUCCCCCUGCAUCACAGCUAAAUAACUUUAAUAGGCUGUAAAUCCUACCGUUGAAAAUAAUUCUUCUGGUUUUGCUUUGGGGGAAAUGUGGCCAAUUUUUUUUGGAAAAAGACUUUGCUUACAUUUGCUAAUGGUUUCCAAACUAGCAUGAUGUCCAGGCCACACCACUUUGCUUCAAUAAAGCAACAGCAUCUGACACCGGCCAAAACAUGCAGCCAAAUCCCCUCCAAUGCAGAGUUGCCUCUUGGUUUCAGUGGGCUGAGGGGUUAGCCAAGUGGAUAAGAUAUUGUUGCUAGAGUUGUCCAGGUUGAAAUAUUUCUCUCUCUUAUCAUUUCCUAUAAGACUACUACAGGGUGAGUCUUUUAAAAGAGGCUCCGUGGAA